AAUUAUCUGACAUUAUAAAGAUGAAUUUGUUCCGACAGUUUAACUCUGAGUUCUUGUUAUGUUUUAUUACCAUGUGAUCUAAUGUGAGAAAUGUUGAAGGUGUCUGAAUAAAUUUUGGUUUGACUGUAGGUUGACUCUAUUAUACAAGUAUUUACUAUUGUCACCUAUCAGUAGAGUAUUAUCAAGCCUUAGGGUUAGUAACCUGAGGUAAUACCUCCAGCAGGACAGGUAGGGGGUGAGACUGAUCUCGACUGGGGUCAGGGGUCACACUGCCUACGUCACAAGCUCCUAAGAUGGCGUUUUGAUGACGACGGGAGAAGUGAGGACCCCUGCCCUUGUUUAAAAGUGACACCAAUGCAAAACAUCAAGGGUAGGCGAUGGAGCUCCCAAACUACGCCAGUCAACUGCUUCUCCAGCUCAAUCAGCAGCGCUCCAAGGGCUUCCUGUGCGAUGUCAUUAUCAUGGUUGAAAACACGCUCUUCCGGGCCCACAAAAGUGUCCUCGCCGCCACCAGCCACUACUUCAAGUCCCUUGUCCUUCAUGAUAACCUCAUCCACCUCGACCCUGACAUGGUGGAUCCAGUUGUUUUCCAGCAAAUUCUGGAUUUCAUUUACACCGGCAAGUUGGCAGAUGAGACCUUUGAGGGUGUGGAUUUAAGCUCUCUGCUUACCACAGCUAACUUUCUCCAGCUCAAUGACCUCGCAAACCUGUGCUCCAGUAAGAUCAACCAAAAUGGGUCCCUCAAUAGCGUGGCUCGUGGAAGCUCCAAAUCUUCAGUUCGCCUGUAUGAAGACCACUCAUCAGACACUGAAACAUACACGUGUAUGACGCCUCCCAAAAAACGGCAUAAUGCUGCAAGUAGAUGCAUUUCGAGAAAAAAGCAGGAAUUGGGGUUGGAUUUGUCUAAGAAAAAUUCAAAUUCUGAGACAACAGUUAAGGAAGAAGUCUUUCUAUCUAGACCCAUCUCCAACAAUAUGCAGCUGGGAAUAAAUGGGAAGUGUGUUCCAAAGGAAGAGAAGUGGAUAAUUCCUUUGGACGGAGCUCAGGAAAGAAAAAGGGAGGGAUCCCGAAGAAAAUCUAAGGUCAAUGGUUACAUUCCUCUUGGCAGGGCUGGAAGUCAAAUAAGCCAGAAUCAGACCUUCACUUUACAGUUGUCUGUAAAGAAAGAGAAAGGAAUUGGAGGGAAAACAGAUGAAAUUGAUGGCCAAAAACCAAACAAUGGCAGCACCAAUUUUGUUUAUCAGAAGGAGACCUUUCUCAAAGAAGCUGAAGGGGACAACCCAUACGUUUGUAUACCAUGCGAAAAGGGUUUUCCCUCCUCGGAGAGUCUUAAAUCCCAUGUGGAAAGCCAUUUGGAUGAAGAUCUGGAUGUGAAGGUUGAGGAUGAGGAGGAAGAGGAACGUGACGGAGACACUGGAGUCACCAGAGUCUCGCCAGAAGCUCCCGAAAGCCUGGAUCAAAGUCCGUUAAAGUCCCUCAAAGAUGUCGACACCGUGCGUCCCUUCCCUUGCAAUAUUUGCGGCAAGAUGUUCACGCAGCGUGGCACUAUGACCCGCCACAUGCGCAGCCACCUCGGUCUAAAGCCAUUUGCUUGUGACGAGUGUGGCAUGCGCUUCACCAGGCAGUACCGCCUCACUGAGCACAUGCGUGUCCAUUCAGGGGAGAAACCGUAUGAGUGCCAGGUCUGUGGUGGGAAAUUUACGCAACAAAGAAACCUCAUUAGUCAUAUGCGGAUGCAUACCUCAGUAUCUUAGAACAGGUCAAAGAGCCCUAAACUAGGAAAACACUGAUACCCACAGUUCUCCAUAGUGCUUUGGUUUGGGUUGGGUUCUUUUAACUAGGGUUCAGUUUUACAACAAGUUCUCCAGAACACUACAAAGAUUCCUCUAGAUCUUCUUUACAGGGGGUUCCUUUUUUGAGCUAAUGAAGGGUUUAGUUUCACCCAUAAAUCUUCUACAAUUCUGCAAAGAGUCAUCUAGGUUAAAAAGGAAAACUCUGGUCCUGGAGGUCUACUGUCCUGCAGAGUGUAGCUUCAAAACACCUGCCUGGAAGUUUCGAGUAAUCCCGAAGACCUUGAUUAGCUGGUUCGGGUGUGUUUAAGUAGGGUUGGAGCUAAACUCUGCAGGACAGUUGCCCUCCAGGAGCUGAAUUUGACACCCCUGAUCUAGGGUACUAUUUUGGAAACGCAUCCAACAAAGAUUCUAGAUUUUCUCCACAGAGUUUACUUAUUGAGCUAAUUUAGGGUUCCGUUUGGGCCACACCUCCUCUAGAAUGCUACAAAAAUCCACUUGAUCUUCUCUACAGCGACUUCUUUUUUUUUAACAAAUCUAGCGUUCUCUUUCACCCACAAAUCCUUGAAAAUUUUACAAAGAUUCUUCCUGCUCAAUAUGGAAGUCUCUGAAGAUCUAGAGCAGUAGAUGAACUGAAGAUCUCUUCUCAAAUUUUUCUUGGGAUCCUACACAAUUUCAAAGUCUUGCAGUCUCGUCUGAUGAGUUGAAUUAGGUGUGUUAGAUGAGGAGGACAUUCAAAAUGCACAGUGGUGGACAGGUUUGAGAAGCACUGAUCAAGAUCAGGGGUAGUCAACCUUGCACCUGGAAGGCUACCUUCCUGCAGGCUUCAGUUCCAAAACCGCUCCAACACACUUGAAACACCUUGACUAGCUGGUUCAGGUGUGUUUGUUUAGGGUUGGAGGAUGGUAGCCCUGCAACAGCAGGGUCACUCAAAUCCAGACCUGGAGGCCCUGUAGGGUUUUGCUCAAGCACUGAUCAAACUCGCCUACCUGUAACUCUGCAGACCUUGAUUAAAUUCUUCAGGUGUCUUUGAUUAGGGUUGGAGCUAAACUCUUAAAAAGAAAAAUGUAAAAAAACCAUAAACGGCCUGAUUUGCAGAACCCUGAUCUAUAAUUAGAAUUCAAGAUUUAGAAUUAAGACCCUCUGUAAUCUAUUCAAGAGAGAAACCUUGGCCACAAAUCCUCUAGAAUUCUAUAAAGAUUAAUUUAGAUUUUCUUCAGACACUCUUAUCUUUCGAGCUAAUAUAGGAUUCCGUUUGGAUCACAAGUCAUUUAGAAUUCAAUGAAGAAUCCUCUCCAAAACAAAACCCUAGGUGAUCUCAAAAAAGGAAACCUCUGUAGUCUAUUCUAAGGUUCAUGUUUGGCUACGGUUCCUCUAGAGAAGAUCUAAGUGAAUCUUUAUAUUAUUCUAAAGACUUUCUAGAAUUCUGUUUGCAUCACAUUUAGAAUUCAACAAAAAAUUCUCUGUAUCUUCUCCAUACUGAUUUUGUACUGAUUUCCUAAUUUAGGUAACAUUUUCAUUCACAAAUUCUCCAAAGAUUCCUCUAGUUCAAAAGGAAACGUCUGUAGAGAAGAUCCAAAGCUUUCUAUUUGUGGCAUUCUUUCAAAACUAGAUUAUUUCAAACUUUGUAUACCUUGUUGUUUAAUCUAGGGUUCAGAAGGGUUUCUCUACAGAGUUUGGCGAUGCCAUUCCCCGAUAAGCAUAAAAAUGCCAACUUCAGCCAAUACCUGUUGUUAUACCUCUUUCUUCAUACCUUCUUAUUCUUGUGCAUGAAUUGUUUGUUAUUGUUAGUGUGUAGCUAAAAAAAAAAGUAGUUUAUCCACUUAGCGAUGUAGUUUAAUCGAUUAAAAUGAAAAAUACCUCAAAUAGCUAGUAAUCCUCUCAGAACUGAAACAGCCGAAUGUUCCUGGUGAUACCAGUUAUUUUACAGCAGUGACUUGCGAUACCUCUCGAAUGUAAUUUAGGAGUCAUGAUAGAGUUUAUGCUUCAGAAACAGACCGCUGUAAUAAAGCUAUCUGGGUUGUUUACUUGAAUACACAAACUUGCUACCUCAGAUUAAACCAAACCCUCUGAUUAGCCUGUAUGAGAUUACAAAUACAUAUUAGAGAAGAGAAACUACACAGUGUCUUCCAUAUUACAGUUACUCUUGUCUAGUUCAGUUAUUGAGCUUAAACUGACAUCUGAUUCAGAACAGAGGAAAACACACUGCCUGUGUUAAUAUACACUUUUCAGGGGGUCAGGUAAUACUUCACUGUAGGGUUGCGAUCUGAGCUAGUGAAGUAGUAUUGCUUGAGCAAUUAGGGUGUUUUGAUGUACAGUUCCAAAGAAAUAUUGAAUGUUGAGAUGCUUAAGAAAUACUGUAAAACUAUAACCAAAUCUAUAUUCUUGCUAAAUAUUUAAGUCUAAUUUAUGUUUCUUUCAAUUCAGGUUUAUAUUAAGUCUUUCUUCUUUUUUCAGGGUUUUUCUUUUGGGUUUUUUCUUUCUUUUUCUUAUUCCAAUGCUUCAACCAAUGGCUUAAUUUAUACAGCAUGUUGUCCAUAUUUUCUUGUGGCAUGUGCAUUAUUAUUAUGAAUUUUUAAAAAAAAGUUAGGUUUAGCAGAUUGCAUUCACGCAUUUAGUGUUGAAACGAGACCAAAAGCAUAAAAUCUAUACCUACUGUAAAUAUCUUUGGGUAUCUUGACAUGUUGUUAUUAUUAUUAUCAGUUGAUAUAUUACUGAAAGUUUUACUUAUUCAAAGAUGAAAUCAUUUUCUUAUUGUGUGUUAAUUUCUCUACACCAUAUUUGUUUUAAACUACCUCUGGUUGGGUAUUUUGUAUGUUGUACAUGGGUUUUCAUCAUGCUGGAGGGCUUUUUAAACAAUACCUAAUUUUGAGGUUGUAUUCAUUUGUUUUGUAGCUGCUUGCCUGAUCUAGUAAUAUCAAAAGAGGUACUUUAAAUAAUAGAUCAACUAGCCUAAGAUUUGAUUUGCUGAAUUGACUUUUCAGUUACUCUUUGAUUUGUUUUGUGCUUGAUUUUUCUCUAUUUUUGCUUUAUAUUGAGAUGAUUAUUUGACACGGUCUGUAAAUCAAUAGGAUUCUAGAAUAUUCAGGAACUUUUUAAUACAUAAUGGGACUUGAAACUGAACUUCAAAACUGUGACAACACUUUCAUUUGCAUCCUCUGCAAACCUCAGGGAACAUUUUAGGGACACGUCCCAGUUAACUUUUUGAACCAUAAAGCGCCAUUAACCAAUGUUUUUGCAGCUAUUUGUCUUUUUUUUUUUUUUUUUUUUUUUUAUUAAUUUAGAUUUGUUUCAAUAUUUUCCACAACAGACACAAUGCGCCUUCAGGAGGUUCGGCAGCUCUUUGCAUUUGCAGUACAGGUUUGUGUGUGUGUGUACAUGUAUGGUUUUGAUGUGGUUUUCAAAUGCUUUUGAAAUGUCAAGUACUUUGUUCUGAAAUGAUGAUGCUAAAGUAUUUGCGACCUGUUUAUGAAAACCAAAGCACAUUUUCACUGUUUGAAGAAUUUAAGGUCCUAUUGUAUAUAACAUUGUUCUCAGUUAUGACAUGAAAUAAAAUUAAAUGC